UGUAUAAAUAUCCUACUCGGAGCAUUGCUGGGAUUCAGACGUUGACCUGCGCUGACCGGAGACACUCAGGUGCAAAGAGACUCUCUUAAGAAAGUGUUGUAUUCUGAUGUGCUGAAGAAAAAACAGGAAAGGGACAGAAGAGAAAAACAAGAAGAUAAUAUACUACAAAAGUAAAAAGGGGGCUGUUUGACUGUAGGGUGAUAAACAUCUACAUCUCCGCAAAAGAUCGUCCUCCAAAAUGUGGCUCCAAGUGUCUCUCCUCUGCUUGUUCUACUUGAGCGUGCCCAGCCAAAGCCAGGCCCAGCAGCGAGCCUCGCUCUACCGCUCCAACGACCCCACCGGACAGUGUCAUUACACCUUCACUGUGGCCAGUCCAGAUGAGACCAGCUGCCCCGGGGGCAGCGCAAAACCGGAGAUUGAUGGAGUCCUGUCCAGGCUCACCCUGCUGGAGGCUUUGGUCAGCCGCCUGAUAGCCGGCGUGGACGGGGGCGCCGCGUCCGAGGCUGGUAACGAGGAGGGCCUCCGGGAGGCGUACUCCCAGGUCACAGGGGAGAAAAACCAGCUUCAGCAGGACAAGGAGCGGCUGAACAGGCAGGUCCGGGAGCUGCAGAAGAGGCUGGAAGAGCUGAGCCGCGAGGCAGAGGACCUCAGGAGCAAACCCUGCCUGCAGACACACACCUCAGAGGGGGCUCAGCGUGAGAACAGGCCUGCAAGCGACCCAGCGUAUGAUUCGGGAAACGGUGCCUAUCAGGAGAUGAAGGCGGAGGUGACAGAGGUCCCUGCAUCCCACCUCAUUCCUGACGGAAAUCACAACCUCACAGGCUGUGGGGAGGUACUGUCAGUGGGAGAUCCUGUGUUGCACAGGAAAGCUGAUAGCAUCACGGGCAAGUACGGAGUGUGGCUGCAAGAUCCAGAGCCUCAGGGCCCUUAUUACAGUAACAAGACUGUGUGGCGCAUCGACGCGGUGGGUAAAGAUGUGCGCCAGCUCUUUGCAUACGAAGACAUGGAGCAAUUCUCCCGCGGCUUCCCCAUGAAGGUCCUGGUUCUGCCAGAGCCCGUGGAAAGCACGGGGGCCACCCUGUACCAAGGCUCCCUAUACUAUCAGCGCAGACGUAGCCGCACCCUCAUCCGCUACGACCUGGCUUCUGAGACGUUGGCAACGCGCGCGGAGCUGCCCCACGCGGGUUUCCACGGCCAGCACCCCUACUCCUGGGGCGGCUACACCGACAUCGACCUGGCAGCGGACGAGCAGGGCCUGUGGGCCAUCUACAGCACAAGCAAGGCCAAAGGUGCAAUUGUGAUUUCCCAGCUGGACCCCAAGAGCCUGGAGGUGAAGAAGAGCUGGGAGACCAACAUCAGGAAGAACACAGUGGCCAACGCUUUCGUGGCGUGCGGACGCUUGUACACAGUGUCCAGCUACACGGCGCCCAACACCACCAUCAACUACAUGUUUGACACGGCCACCGGCGAGAGCAAGGCCAUCUCCGUGCCCUUCAAGAACAAGUACCGUUACAACAGCAUGGUGGACUACAACCACGCCCAGAGGAAGCUGUACGCUUGGGACAACUUCCACAUGAUCACCUAUGACGUCAGACUGGGCAGGGCCAGCUAGAGAGUCACUGUCCCGCUUACACGACUGAGCCGCUGCAAGAACGUAUGAGUUAGAUGAGACUCGAAAUAAUACUCGGUGAUCAGCGUACUAAGAUCGCUGCAAGGCUUUGGUAUAUCCGUGCUUCUGAAUUAUAAAAUCUAUUUUUUCUAAUGGGGUUGUAAAUAAGAUGUGCUACAGCAACAAAUGAAUGUUUCUAAAGGAGAAAUAUUAGCCGUGAUAGAGAGACUCGCCGCGAGAGAUUAGUAACAAACAGUAAUCAUGAUAUAAUGAUGAUCUAUAAAAAUGAUAUUUUUGUAAUCUGUUUAUAAAUGUUAUUUAAGUUCCCAAUAAAAUGACUGAAAAUGA